UGCAGUCCUGGUUCGCUUUGCAGGCGCGUACACCCUCUGCAGUCACAGCUAGUCUUUAUCAUGUAUGACAGCCAUGCUCCGCAGCUUCUCCUGUCUAUAUUCCUCUUCUGUUUCGGAGUGAAGGCGAUGACUGAUCACUCCUGUUAUGACACGGACUUAGUGGACAUGGUGGUCCCCGUGGAGCUCUCUGGAGAGGAGGCUCACCUGUUGCAUGACUCAUCCAGGCGCAGCGCGCGUCGGCGCGGCCAGCGCUCUGUCGAUUCCCGGGGUGGACUAAACUCUGUGGAGGACACCUUGUUUCUCUCUUUACCUGCUUUUGGAAAAGACCUGUACUUACGCCUGAAAAGGGAUGCCGCUUUUCUGUCUGAGGGGUUUGUGGUCGAGGAGAGGGGAGGCGAAACAGACCUCCCUAAAUGGUCGCACCUGGCCAGAGACCAGCUCUGCUUCUACUCGGGAUGGAUUGUCAACCACACCGACUCUUUUGCCUCCCUCAACACCUGCAGCGGUCUGUGAGGAAGAAGAGGCAGAAGGGAGUGGAGGAGGGCCGUAGAAGGAGGAACACCAUCCAUCUGAAUGGGUUGUAUACGGUAGAGACGGUGGUGGUGGCAGACUCAGACAUGGUGCAGUACCAUGGGGCAGAGGCCGCGCAGAGAUUCCUGCUCACCGUCAUGAACAUGGUGUACAACAUGUUUAACAGCAAGAGUCUGGGCGUCAGAAUCAACAUACGGGUCACCAAGCUGGUCCUGCUCCACAACCGCCCAGACAAGCUGAAAGUGGGCCACCACGGAGAAAGGUCCCUGGAGAGCUUCUGUCAGUGGCAGUGGGAGGAGUACGGCGGCCCCCGUUACUUAGGCAACAAUUACGUGCCCGGGGGCAGGGAUGACAUCCCACCUGUGGACACGGCCGUGCUCGUCACGAGGACUGACUUCUGCGUGCACAAAGACCAGCCCUGUGACACAGUGGGUAUUGCCUAUCUGGGAGGGGCGUGCAGCUCCAAGAGGAAGUGUGUUCUGGCCGAGGACAACGGACUCAACCUGGCCUUCACCAUAGCCCACGAGCUGGGACACAACAUGGGGAUGAGCCACGAUGACGACCAUGCUACCUGUACAGGCCACUCCCACAUCAUGUCUGGCGAAUGGGUGAAGGGCCGUAACCCCAGCGACCUAUCAUGGUCCCCCUGCAGCCGUGACGACCUGGAGAAGUUCCUCAGGUCCAAAGCCAGCAGCUGUCUGCUCCACACAGACCCCAGAAGCCGCUACAAGGUCCGCCUGCCACCCAAGCUGCCAGGCAUGCACUACAGUGCAGACGAACAGUGUCAGAUCCUCUUUGGAACCAACGCCACCUUCUGCAAUGACAUGGAGCACCUGAUGUGCGCAGGCCUGUGGUGUUUGGUGGAAGGAGACAAGUCCUGUAAGACCAAGCUGGACCCUCCUCUGGACGGCACAGAGUGUGGAGCUGACAAGUGGUGCCGGGCAGGGGAGUGUGUAAGUAAAAGCCCUAUCCCACAGCAUGUGGAUGGGGACUGGAGCAUCUGGAGUCAGUGGAGCCAGUGCAGUAGAACCUGUGGCACCGGAGCCCAGUUCAGACAGAGGAAAUGUGACAACCCGCCGCCAGGUCCUGGUGGUAGUAACUGUCAGAAGGCCAGUGUGGAACAUAAAGUGUGUGAAGGUCCUCCCUGCCCUAAAGGAACACCCAGCUUCAGAGAGCUGCAGUGUCUCUCCCAUGACCGCCAGGCCGGCAAGAAGAGGAACAGCAUAUGGACCGCAGUCAAUAACGAUGAGAAGCCAUGUGCCCUGUUCUGUUCCCCUGUGGGGAGAGAUGCCCCCAUCCUGGUGGCAGAGAGAGUGAUGGAUGGAACACCAUGUGGACCCUACGAGUCAGACCUGUGUGUCAAUGGCAGGUGUCAGAAAAUCGGCUGCGAUGGCAUCAUCGGCUCGUCAGCCAAGGAGGACCGCUGUGGGGUGUGUAACGGAGACGGACACUCCUGUAAGAUAGUCAAGGGAGACUUCAACCACACCAAGGGCAGGGGUUACAUCGAGGCUGCUGUCAUCCCCGUUGGUGCUAGGAGAAUCAAAGUUGUGGAGGACAAGCCCUCACAUAGCUUUCUGGCAAUGAAAGACUCUACCAAGAGGUCCAUCAACAGCGACUGGAAGAUCGAGCUUCCUGGAGAGUUCCAGCUGGCCGGCACUACAGUGCGCUACGUCCGGAGAGGACUCUGGGAGAAAAUGUCCGCCAAGGGACCCACCAAGACCCCGCUGUACCUCAUGGUGCUGUUGUUCCAUGACCAGACCUAUGGGAUACACUAUGAGUACACAGUGUCUCUGAACGUAACUGAACGUGAUGAUGUCAGUGAGGAGCAGAGAGCACCAGAGCACCUCUACCUUUGGACACACAGCUCCUGGCAAGACUGCAACGUACAGUGUGGAGGAGGUGAGAGGAGGACAGUGGUGUCCUGUAUGAGGCUGGUCAAUAAAAGCAUGACUCUGGUGAAUGACAGCCUCUGCAAACCAGAGAACAGGCCGUUACCCCAAGUACGACGCUGCAACUCACACCCCUGCCAGUACAGGUGGGUGACAGGGGAGUGGGGCCAGUGCUCGGUGACGUGUGGGAAGGGUCUCCAGCUGCGUGAGGUGGGCUGUGUGUACCAGCUGCAGAACGGAUCCCUUAUCCACACACGGGACUUGUACUGCCAGGGGGGCAAACCCCCCGCCCUGCAGGGCUGCGAGGGACGCCACUGCCUCACUGCCUGGGAGGCCUCUGAGUGGUCCAAGUGUUCUUCAGACUGUGGCAGUGGGGUCCGUCGGAGGACAGUGAGGUGCACCAACCCCCAGGGGAACUGUGACCCCCUCUCUCAGCCUGCUGACCAGGAGCUCUGUGAGGACCACUCCAAAUGUUACGAGUGGAAGACUGGGGACUGGUCCAAGUGCUCGUCAUCCUGUGGGAAGGGCCUGCAGUCCAGAGUGGUCCAAUGUAUGCACAGAGUGACAGGUCGCCACGGUAAUGACUGCCCCGUGGUGUUCAGACCACCCACCUACCGGCCCUGUCACCAGGAGGCCUGCAAUGACAAAGUCAACGUCAACACCAUCACCUCCCCCAGAUUAGCUGCUCUGACCUACAAGUGCACAGGAGACCAGUGGACUGUGUACUGCCGUGUGAUCCGGGAGAAGAACCUGUGCCAGGACAUGAGAUGGUACCAGCGCUGCUGCGACACCUGCAGAGACUUCUACGCCAACAAAACACCCCGCAAGAGUUAAUGAUGAAAGCACUCACACACAUAAUUGUACACAGACAGACACACACACACUUCACCUAGGGCUACGACUUUAGAUGCUUCUGUAACACUUGACUUAAAGCUUGCGGGUAUAAUGCUUUGUAAGUCGUUAUAAGCAUGAAUGAGCCUUUAUAAUGUGUUAAAAUAAGGCUUAUGAUAUGAUAUGUCUCUCUAUGUAUCAGCAUGUUAACCGACUCAAAAUGUCUGUUAUUUAACCUGCUUCAGGAGAUGAUACUAAUAUAUUGUAAGGGUCUCGUGGCAUGUCUUUAUGCCGGCAGGCUUUAAGUAAAGAGUUACGGAUGGUUUUUCUGAAUUAUUCAUAUUCUUCUUAUUAAUUAUAGGACAUUACAUUUUGGAGAAAAAGUGGAAAUCAGUGCAGAGACCAUUUCAAGUGGGAUCAUAAGCUUGUUGUCAUGAAGACUUGAAAACCUUCUUUAACUUGUUUUAUUGCUAUAAACCAAAGCGAGGGACUUCACAGUUUGGGGAGUCUCUCGGUGGGUAGCCUGUCGCGUCAACGUUUGUUGUACAGUGUGAUUUAACAUUGGCGUUAACAAAUGUGAUAACUCUUUAUGUGGAAAGGUCAGAUUGUCUAUAGAUGCUCAGUGAACUAUCAGAAAAUGUCUGAUUUUCAAAUGCACACGCUGAAUCUAAUACAGCUAGGGAGGCUGAAUAUGAGUAAAUCUAUGUUACUUGGAGCGGCAGGUAGCCUAGUGGUUAGAGCUUUGGGCCAGUAACUGAAAGGUUGCUGGAUCAAAUCCCUGAGCUGACAAGGUAAAAAUCAGUUGUUCUGCCCCUGAGCAAGGCACUGUUCCCCGGGCCCUGACAAAGUGGAUGUGGAUUAAGGCAGCACCCUCACCUCUCUGAUUCAGAGGGGUUGGGUUAAAUGCGGAAGACACAUUUCAGUUGAAUACAUUCAGUUGAACAACUGACUAGGUUUCCCCCUUUCCCUUACUUACAUAGAUAGAAUGUAUGUACAUCACAGGAGGCUGGUGAGGGGAGGACUCCUCAUAAUAAUGUCUGGAAUGGAGUGAAUGGAAUGGUAUCAAAUGUUUGUGUUUGAAACCAUUCCAUUUAUUCCGUUCCAUCCGUUAGUAUGAGCCCAUCCUUCCCAAUUAAGGUGCCACCAGCCGCCUGUGACAUACAUACAUUACUUACACACACGUACAUUAAAAGACGUGCAAGGGCUUUGUUAUUGCAUGUUAACAGAGGUGCAGUUGACAUGUAAUACAUCUAAAUGGUAGUUGGUACGUAGCAUGUAGAUCUGUAGGGGACUAUCCAGAUAAAGUGGGCCUGUAUAUUCUCUUGUGUUUAGUUCAGCUGGCCCUGUAUUCACCAAGCCACUGGCUGGCCACUCACUAGACUGGGCCAAGAGACCUGGCUCGUGUUCAUUAGGCACCAGAUGGACUGAAACAGGUAGG